UCGAAAAAGUGUUGCAUAAUUUCAUCCGGUUUCCUAUUCGGCCUUCUAGUCAGCUUGGAGGAAGGCGGACGGAAAAUGGCAACCACAGCUGCAGUGUAUUUGGCUGUUUAACGUUAGCUGUGGCGUGCAAGUCUGCAGGAGAUAGUAAAGGAUAGUUUUGAAUAUUAACUUUCUGUGCUUGGGUUAGUGUGAAGUUGUGCCUUCAAUCCCCCCUCCCCCCUUUUGUAACCCCGAAGUACAUCUUUGGCCUGGGUUUUCGAAAGUACUUAGUAAAUACUUGAGUCAUUAUUUGCCUUUUAGGUUCCUUCCCUUUAUCUUUUUAAAUUAGGGUAUUUUCUCCCGUAUCUGUAACACUGCUGGAGUUCCUGCCGAAUGGAGAAGGGCCUAUCUUAGUGGCGUUAUUUUUCGUUGGAUAAAGUAACUUCCAUUUUUUUUUUAAAUUAAAAUGUUUUAGGAUAGGAAGUGGCUGAAUUAGUGAUUUACCAGUAUUUCCCCACCAGUAAAACUGCAGUUCUCUUUUAAGACAGGGUCUCAGGUAACCCUGAUUGGCCUCCACCUCCUUGUCUAGCUGAGGAAUAAUGACCUCCAACUCCUGCCCCCGGCCCCUUCCCAAGUGUUGGGAUCAAAGGCACACACCAUACUAGGCUUCAAAUGCUUAAAAAAAUCGUGCGUGUGUUCUUGUAUUGUGGCACACAUUGCAGGGCGGGACAACUUUCGGUUCUGUCUACCGUGUGGGUGGGUUCUGGGAUGAAACUCAGGUCAUCAGGCUUGGUGGCAAGUGCCUUUACCCCUUAAGUCUUCUCUCCAGUUGUCAAAUUAUUUUUCAAAGCAUCAUAGUAAAUAUAUACCUAAAAUUUAUCAUUUCACAGUUGACAUACCAUUUUGUUUUUUUGAGAUGGUCUCUAUGUAUCCCUGGCUGGCCUCACUCAAAAAAUCUUACUGAAGCCUCCCAAGUGUUGGGAUUACAUUACAGGUGGGCACCGCUAUAUCCAACUGUAACAGGUAGUUUUUUCUUCAUAGAACCACCUGGUUUUACCCAGAGCAUGUGUACAAUCCCCUCCCCCACCUUCAAAAAAAUAAUUUGUGCGUGUGCACUUUUUACAGGGCUACUGACAAUUGACCUAGGGGUUCUCCCUGGCCUUGAACUUGUGAUCUUCUUCCCUUCACCUCAGUGUUGAGAUUACCAGCUUGCACCCCCAGUGUAUGUGGUGUUGGGGACUGAGGAGGGCUUUGGGCAUGUGAGAUUAACUGCUGAAGUACUGAUCGAGUUCUGCGUUUCUUCAAUGAGGAACUACAGGCUGAUCUUCUGCCAUAAUCUCAAACAACCGUAAAUGACAGAAGGAUGCUUGCUCAGUGAGGGUAGCUGGUGCAGAAGCCGUUUUUUAACCUUAGGUGUUUAAGUACUCAAAGAAAAGACAGCUUUGAUUUCUGGCUGCAAAAAAGAUAUGAGGAAGAGCUCCUCCCCUUCCUUGAGUAACUGCAACUCCGAUCUUGCUAACAAAAUCUUUGGGAUUCCACUUGAUGAGCUGCAGCAGGGAGGCCAUCCAGACAAUGCGGUUCCGUUCAUAGUCCGCCAUGUUGUGGACUAUAUUGAGGAACAUGGAGGUCUGGAGCAACAAGGGCUGUUUCAAGUCAAUGGGAACGCUGAGACAGUGGAGUGGCUUCGACAGAGAUACGACAGUGGAGAAGAGGUGGAUCUGGUUAAGGAAGCGGACGUCCCCUCAGCCAUUAGCCUCCUUAGGUUUUUCCUGCAGGAGCUCCCUGAGCCCGUCAUACCUGGCAGCUUGCACACUCACUUGAUGCAGCUUUCUCAAGAUUAUAAUAAUGAAGAUGAAUUUGGAAGAAAGUUGAGGUUCCUCUUGCAACAGCUUCCACCUGUUAAUUACAGUUUGUUGAAGUUUCUGUGUAGGUUUUUAGCCAAUGUAGCAUCACAUCAUGAAGAAAUUUGGUCUGCAAAUUCUUUGGCUGCUGUUUUUGGUCCAGAUGUCUUCCACAUUUAUACGGAUAUGGAAGAUAUGAAAGAGCAAGAAAUUGUGAGCAGGAUAAUGGCGGGACUUCUGGAAAAUUACUAUGAGUUUUUUGAAAAUGAAGAAGAAGAUUUUUCAUCAAAUGAUCUGAGUUCAAUUACUGAGCAGGUUAAUGAACUUUCUGAGGAAGAAGAGGAAGAUGAAAAGCUGGAGCAUAUAGAAGAACUUCCAGAAGAAGGUGUAGAAAAGUCAGAUGGCAUGCCAGAGGGGUUGCAGUUAAGGAUGACUGAAAACAUCCUGGAACCAGACAGUGUUACAGCAUCAGCCAGGGUUGAUGCUGCUGCUGCUACUGCCAGUGAUGGUAAUGUAAAGUGUUCAAACCCUGUGGCUGGGACGACUGCAGAUAAUGAAGUCAUGCAGCAAGAUCUUAUAUUUGAGGGUCAGAAAAAUAAUCAGUCUGUAGGUAUACUGUUAGAGCCUUGUAGUGACCACGGUGACAGUGAAGACGGCUGUCCUGAGAGGAAGGAGUAUUUGUUAUGUGACAGUGAUAAAUUGCCGCACUUGAUUCUGGAUUCCAGUAGCAAGAUACAUGAUUUGAAUGCCAACACUGAAUCAGAAGUGACCGACGGUCAGAGUGUUGGUGUUCAAGGAGAAGCAGCAUGUAUACAGAUUGCACAUUUAGAUCUGAAGAAUGUUUCUGAUGGUGAUAAAUGGGAAGCGUCAUGCCUUAUCACUUUCCCCCUCAUUGAUUUCAAAACAAUGCAUCUGCAGAGAGAUGGGGAGGAGCCGUUUCCUGCAUUUAAGUCUUGGCAGGAGGACUCGGAGUCUGGAGAAGCUCAGCUGUCUCCACAGGCUGCAAGGAUGACUCACCAUCCCCUGGGAGAGGACUGCCCUCCAGUAUUAUCACAUCGUAGUUUAGACUUUGGACAAAGCCAGCGUUUCCUACAUGAUCCAGAAGCGUUGGAUUUUUCAUCCAAGGCGCUUUCCUUCACUAGAAUUCGAAGGUCAUCCUUUAGUUCAAAAGAUGAGAAAAGAGAAGACAGAACACCUUAUCAGUUGGUCAAGAAACUUCAGAAAAAAAUCAGACAAUUUGAGGAACAAUUUGAAAGGGAAAGAAAUAGCAAGCCCUCCUACAGUGACAUUGCAGCCAAUCCGAAGGUAUUAAAAUGGAUGACAGAGCUUACAAAGUUGCGGAAGCAGAUUAAAGAUGCAAAACACAGAAACUCUGAUGGAGAAUUUGUACCUCAGACACGCCCUCGGAGUAACACUCUUCCAAAAAGUUUUGGCUCUUCUCUGGACCAUGAAGAUGACGAGAGUGAAGGGGAGCCCAGAGGCAUUCAGAAGGAGAGGAAGCCAUCUAAGGAAGCUACUCUGGAACUUAUUACAAAACGAUUGAAGGAAAACCGUGCUGAGCGCCACCUUCCCGAGGAUAUCAAGAAAAUGACUAAAGAUCAUUUGAUAGAAGAGAAGACAUCUCUGCAGAAAAGCCUGCUUUUCUAUGAAAGUCAACACGGAAGGCCGGUGACCAGGGAAGAAAGGCACAUUGUUAAGCCUCUCUAUGAUAGAUACAGGCUUGUAAAACAGAUGCUGACAAGAGCUAGCAUUACUCCCGUCCUUGGAUCUCCCUCCACGAAGCGCCGGGGUCAAAUGUUACAGCCAAUCAUAGAAGGAGAAACAGCUCAUUUUUUUGAAGAAAUCAAGGAAGAAGAAGAAGAUGGUGUCAGUCUGUCUUCUGAGUUAAGUGACAUCUUGAAAACAGCUGUACAUACACAGUCAUUUUUGGAAAACUCAGAAUCUGAUGCUGAAGAAAAUCAAGAAAAACUAGCUCGGGAUCUCCGCUUAUCAAGUACUCGGGCAGCUUCUAUGCCUGAAUUACUGGAACAGCUUUGGAAAGCCAGAGCUGAGAAAAAGAAACUACGUAAAACGUUACGGGAAUUUGAGGAAACAUUUUAUCAGCAAAAUGGAAGGAAUGCCCAGAAAGAGGAUCGUGUCCCAGUGCUUGAGGAAUAUAAGGAGUACAAGAAAAUUAAAGCCAAGCUUAGACUUCUUGAAGUUCUUAUCAGCAAACAAGACUCUUCAAAAUCCAUAUAAAAUAUGUUCCCUGAAAAGUGACAUCAUAAAGUCAGUUGUGUUCCUUGAAGUUCCUCAUGUGUACUUGGCUCGCACUGAGUUCACCCUGUCAGGCACUCAGAGACCCUUUUGUACUUGUUUGUGGUUCACUAGGAAGGAAGGCCGUUCCUCAGACCACAGUUUACUAAGACGCUCCACACUUAGCAAACAUGCAGACCCCUCCAUUGUUUACUACAGACACAUCUGUUAGCAAAAGACAAGAAUUUUAUUCUUUUCACUUCAAGAACUUUGGAAAUACAGAGCUUUUUUGUUGUUUACUGUUUGUUUUUCCUUUUCAUUACUGAAGAAAAUUGAGAGGAAAAUCUUCACACUGAGUUCUUCGGUUGCCUUUUUCUUACAGAAUGACUGAAAAUGUAAAAGAAAAGCCUAUAAACAUGACAUAUGCAACUGUAUUUUGUUUUUCCUAGAAAACCAACCUGAAUUUUCAAAUCCUAGUGUGGAACACCUUUCUGUGUAAUUCCCAGAGUGACACCCACCUGCACAGAUAGUACUUAGCCAGAAAUUGCAAAUCCGUGGUCCUACCUGAACGAAGGUAACACUGGGUAGACCACAGAGCAGCCUUGCUUAGUCAUUUGAAACAUUAUACACAUCACUCACAGAGCUGAAUCACAUCCCAUGCUGCCUACAGGACUUCAGUUACUGUCUACCAGCAAUGAUGUGACUUGUCUGGAUCAGAUCCUGCGCUGUCCCCCACCCACCUCCAGAUAAUGUGAGAAAAUAGCUGUGCCAGUAUGGAGGGAGGGACUUGGAUGGUGCUCAGGUUUGUGUAUUUCAUUCAUCACAUGGCCUCGGUUGGCACAAGAAUGAUGACACUCAAGUAAAUCUGUUCUUUACAAGGGCUAUACCACUGCAGCUUUACAUGCCCAUUCAGGGGGCUGCCUUCCCCUCUAAGAUGACCACCUCUCACCCAGGCGCUGGCUGUCUGAAGCAGCCACUUACAGGAUGUGUAGUGGUACACCCCUUACCAUAGACUCUUGGCAUUUCUUUUCCUUUGGCUUCGCAUGGCUUGUCUUCAGGUAAUCUGCUAAUCAUUUUUUACGGAAUAAUAACUUCUUGUGUUAAUGCAACAGAUGUGGGUCAGGCUUAAUCUAAGUGGAUCAUCCCCUCCCCCCUGCCCCCGUGCUUUUUUCAACUGAUAAAUGUCUCACUUUGCCCAUGCUUUGCAUGUAAUGACUCAUGCAUGAUUUUCUUAAUAUUAAUAGUUUUUCAUACAAAUGGAAUUUCACAACAUCUUUAAUAAGGUGAGGAAAGCAUGAACCUCCAACUUCUGGCACUAUUAUUACACAGUAAGAAUGUGAGGUAGCUUCAUAAUAAAUAGUGUCUCUAGUACUUCACAUUUCACUUGUGUGUGCAAUGCCUUUUUUGGGGGAGAGGGAAAAGUCCAGCGGUAGUGAAUGUGUAGUGGAAGUUUUUUUUUUUUAAAAAGCACUAAAUCAUCCAGCCUUGUUUGUGUUGUUCCUUUUGAUAUUGCUAGAUCAUUCAUAAUGUAUUUUUAGGAAAGUAAUUAAGAAUGCCAAAAAAUGUAUCAUUUGAUUUGAACCCAUCAUGUGGUGUACUUUUUAGUUUCUUUUGGUCCAGACAGGAUUGCUACGUGUAAUUUUAUGUGCACUGUAUAUUUUUAUGAAUGUUUUAUUUUGUAUACCACAUGCAAAAAUGUCCAUGUGCACUAUUUAAAUGUUUUAAAUAAUAUAUUCCUUCUCUAUAACGCUAAAUCUAUUUGAGUACAAUAUUUUUCUAAGUCUGUAGCCUGACUGGUCUCACUGACUGGUUUUCAUUCCAGCUGCGUCAUGAUUGGUCCUUGGGUGUUAGUUGUGGCUGAGGAGUGCAGUGGUGACACACGAGUGUGUGCUGUCGCUGACUCGUGGUUUAGCAGUGGUCAUAGAAUUAGGCACCUGCGAGAGUUCUACUUUGGUACAAAUAAAAAUUAUAUCUAUAUAGAAGUGUUAUAUAGAUAUAUGUAUGUCCACCAGUACAAUUACAUUGCUGUGUUUGGCACUUCAUUGUACAGACUUUUGUAAUAAAAGAACUUUAAUGUUCUAA